CUCCACCUCAUUUGAUGCCUAAUAUGUCAAAACAUGUUUAUCCGUUGUAGCUAUGGAAACGAAACAGUGACACUCGCCGAGAACCACGGUUACCGUAGCAAUAAUAAAUACCAGUUUUUCACGGUUGCUACAAAUAGUCUGAAAUACAGUAUUUUAAUAGGAAGUUAACUAAAAAUGGCUGGUGUUAAUAGAAGUAACAAUACAAAAGAUUCGAAAAAAAAGGAUAAAGUAGCAGAUUCCCUCCGGGAUGAAAUGGAAUUGGUCACUGCAGCUUCAUUGGAACUUCAAAAGUUAAAAAGACAACUUCGCCAAACACGAACUGACUUGAAUUCGUCGAACAUUUUAAGCCGCAAGACCAUACAACGCCAAUGUAAGGGAAUCGAAAUGCUCGAGAAAGAAAAGGCGGAUUGCGAAGCAAAAUUAUCUCUGAUUAAAGCGUCUCAAAAGCCUCCACCAGCAGUACAUAGAUUAAUAUCCAAGUAUCACCAAGCUUUGCAACUGCUAGAACAUGUGCGUCAAGAAUUCCAUUUCGCUAAAACAGAACUUAGCGAUAAAGAAAAAAAACGUUCAAGUACGUGUAGAUCAUUGGUGACGGAAGUUUCAACGAAAUCACCGCAAGACAAACUUGAUCAAGUGAUGUUGCAAUACAAUAAGAUAUUAGCAAAAAACGUACAACUUCGAAUGCAGCUAGAAGAAAUGAUGAAAGUAAAAGAAGAGUUUAUAAAAAAUUUGAAACAACUGCAAAAUGAACGAAGCCAAGUGAGAAUUGCCGUAGAUCGUCUUUAUGAAGAAAAUACUACCCUUUUUUUGCAGAGAGAAGAGUUUCGGUUGAAACUGAACCUUUUACGUGAGAAAUUGGAAACGACCCGCAUACAAGGCCAACGGGAUCUCCGUGAAUAUCGUCGGCUUUUAAACAAUGAUGAAAAGCUCAACAGCUUCCUGGAGAUGAAAAAUCAAGAACGUUUGUGCAUCGAUUUUACAAAUCGCACGAACGCGCACCCUACUAGCGAUGAUCAUAUUGCAGUCAAAGUAGUUGAGGAGUGGCGAGAAACCCUAAUUGCCGAAUGUGGUCACUGCAAUUUUGGUGAAAUAGUGCAACAAUAUCUCCAUAAUUUGGAGCAAGGGUACGUGAUGUAUGGUUUAAUUGCUCAAAAGAAUAAUGAAAUCGAUCGCUUGGAAGAUGAGAUAAGUGAAAUGGAGCAAAGUUUGGAACAUCGCCGAACCAAAAGUCAUCAACAAUCUGAACCUGCUUCGUCACAUUCGCAUUUGGAGAACAGGAAUACUUCAAAUAUGAGGAGUCCUCAUAAGCAAGACCAAGAAUUGUCAAUCGCCUCCCAAUUUGUAGCAAAAUUUCAAAAAAUUCUGAACUCAAUGGAGCUUCAAAUAACUUUGGCAGACCAAGCAAACCCCAUAUUUUGUGAUUUGCCUAAAAUGAUUGAACAGUGCAACUUAGGAUGUACGUUACUAACAGAACGUACUACUCAAUUAGUUGCAAGUGUCACGUCAACUGACAGCGUUUCAAACAAACAGCAAUCAUGGGAUUACCCUGCAAUUCCACCGUUGACAACUUCACGAUCUUCUAGCUCAUCUGGUUCACUCGAAAGUACAAAUUAGUGGAGCGCUUGAAAAUUUAAAAGGAGCUAAUAAAUGAUCUUUUCAAAAUGCAUUCAUUGCUUUUUAUGAUUUACUCACUAACAAGAUUAACACUAAACUAACAUCGCAAAAGAUUGUUUGAGAAUAGUAACACGGUGGACACAGCGGCCUACAAUCAACUCCGAAAUCAUUGGCUCAAC